AGUGCCUCCGUGUUUGUUCUUCACAUUGCUAUUGCACAGAGUCUCUGAACAAGCAACGAGCCAUGAACUUCUUGCGAAAUUCGGUGUUAAAUGUUUUUAACUUGCAUGCAAAACAGACAGAUGUCAGAAGUCGGAAAUGCAAGAAUGCUAUGAAUUCGUCGCUGUUUUCCUGCCUUUCUUAGUAUAAAGUUAAGUGGUAGAAUCGUUUUGUUUCGGUUUAAAGGGAAAGCACCGUGUCGCUCUGACACUUCAUUAAAAGCAGAUGAAAGUCGCGCAGCUGCACUCUACCUUGUCAUAGGUCAUUGAAUUCGAACGCUUAUCUAAACCCCACUAGUGACUCAAAAGGAAACAGGGUGAUGGUCUGAUCGCUGUCCAGUUGAUUUCAUGGAUAUGGGAAUUGCGCACGGUCGGUUCACUUUGCUUUGACUGAUUCCAAUAAACUUCUUCAGAUCUCGAAGAAUCUCUCCCAGUUGAUGCCAAGGAUCAUGACCAUGAACGGUACCCACAAGUCGGUUGCCCCAGUGCCGCUGGAUUUGCGCACCAAUGUCCGAGUGCGUGGGAACGCCGGGGGGACUCCAGCUUGUGGCUCCAGGGACGCUCGGGUAACAGGCGGUUCACCUGCACCUCCGGCGUUCACAGGGGCGGACAGUUUAGAUGAAAACUGCCCCACGGUCAGAGGCGUAUCGGUCUCACCAACCAGUACUUCUCGCAAGCGUCCAGCGGAUAGAUCUGCCUCACAGCUUCCUUUUAGGAAACGCCCGAUUCCUGUCGAACCGGAGACUAAAAGACUGUCACCGUCUAAAGCAGAAAGAGAAGACCGAUUUUCUCCUCCGGAAGAUAAGACUUUAGCCGAUCCCGUGGAAAGAGUCGGCAUAGCACCAGUGACUCCCAGGCAGCUGGAAGGACAGAUUCCAAAUGGAUACCCCAUGUGCUUUUUCCCUUACGGUCAUUACCCAGUGUUCUGCCUGCCUCAUCUCUCAGAGCCAAAUAAUGUUGUGGCCCACCAAACUGAAAACGUCCUGGCUGGUAUCGCUCAAGCAACAAGACAAGAUGAAGAUGGAGAUACAGCUCUCCACAUAGCCGUGGUCCAGGGAGCAUUGGCCAUAGUCCACAAACUCAUCCAGCUCUUGGUGUUGGGUCAUAAAGACGUUGAUAUCUACAACAAUCUCCGUCAGACUCCCCUUCAUCUGGCAGUGAUAACUAAGCAGGCAAACAUGGUGGAAGCUUUGUUGAAAGCAGGGGCUGACCCUGCAGCCUUGGACCGUAAUGGGCAAACAGCGCUCCACCUCUGCUGUGAAUAUGACCAGCGGGAUUGCCUGUCUGUAGUGCUUUCUAUGCCAUCAUCUGCCACCUGCCUUGAGAUCCGAAAUUUUGAUGGUUUGAGCCCUCUCCAUCUGGCUGUUCUGCAGGGCCAUAAGGAUUUGGCAAGAAUGUUACUGGAUGCUGGAGCUGACAUCAAUGCCAUGGACAUCAAAAGUGGCCAGAGUCCUCUCAUGCAUGCUGUGGAGAGCAAUAACGCAGACAUGGUCCACUUCCUCAUUGAGAAUAGAUGUGAUGUCAACAGCCAGUCAUAUAGUGGGAACACGGCCCUACACAGCGCUUGUGGCCGAGGUCAGGUGGAGACAGUGCGGCUGCUGCUGAAGAGUGGAGCUGACAGUAGCCUCAAGAACUACCACAAUGACACCCCAGUGAUGGUGGCCAAGAACAAAAAAAUAGCAGAUGUGUUACGAGGAAGAGGCUCCAGGCAAAUAAGAGUCCAAGAUCAGCACUGUAUGUCAGUCUCACCAGUUGAGAGCAACCUAACAGAAAACGGGUCUCCAUCUCCCAGCCAUAGUCGUGGGUGCUCACCUUCAAUUACGCCACACAUUGUUCAUCAGAAUGCUUCCCACUCUCCAGAGACUUCCAUUUUACGAUCUCAGACUUAUUUUCCAGUAAGACUUGCAUCUAUGUCCACACAGUCGAGCAUCAAGGAAGCAAUCAGACAACAUCAUGCUGGAGAGGGCUUCACCCAAUGGGAUGGCGGGGCAGGAAUGGACUGCACCUGAAAUUAGGCCAAACCUCCCAUUUUUCUUCCCUGGACAAUCAUAGUUUCUGUCCUUUCUCAGGCUUUCAUGCCUUGACAGACUUGCCUGCAACCUCCCUGCUUAGCUUGCUGCUUCUAAGGAGACUCCGGUCCUGUACUGACUCUUUGAAAACUGGGGAGUGAAACACUGCUGGAAAACUAUGCAUCAGUAGAAAUAUUCCACUGCAUGCAUUCAAGACUGAACAUAAAAAAAACAUUUUUUAAAACUAUGUACAGACAUGAGUAAAUGACUGCUAUGGACCAAAGCUCAGUGAACUCAGAGUCCCAUCGUAAAAGUAUUUCUAGGCACUUUGUCUUAAUUUCUGAUUAGCAGAUUAGAGGGGAUGAUGGUAUGCAACAAAUGUACCUGGCCUUACUUGAACUGUGGAUAUUGCAUUAAGAGUGUCUUCAUCAUUAUGCCACCAAGACUUCUUAAGUUUGCAGUAUCCUUGUAAGACUUAUAUAUUGCACAGUCAAAUACCUGGUUUCCUUUCUUUUGAUAAUCUGUGCACAGGCAUUGUACCUCUUAUGUCUGUUAGUGUGCGUGUUGAUGUGUUUUUUUAAUGUUAAAAAAAUGUAGAUAUUUUUAUAAAUAAAAACAAUAAAACAUAAAAAUAUAAUAAAACAAUAUAAUAAAAAAUGUGAUGUCUUGCUUUAGCUUUAUUAUUCACCUUAAACCUUUUUGUGAUCAUGUAUUUAUGUAACAAGAAGAAAAGAUUAAAAAGGGGUAUGAUGACAGGCACACAGGUGACAGAACAGGAUGUGAGACAAAACAGUUUCCAUCCCCUCUUCACUUUCCUUUUUUUAACCAAGCCGCUCUACGCCCACCCACAAACCCCUAACACAAUAAGCAAGGGUAGCACGAGGGAAAUGAAACACCUCACUGCUGCCAAAGCAUCAUCUGAACAUUACAGAUAAAUCCCCAAUGUUUAAACACAAAGCAAAAUAGAUGAUUAUACAAAUCUCUUCAAAAUAACUCAAGAUAGCCAAGAACACAAAAAACAAAUUGCCAACAGCAUCUAUAAUAACACAGAUUUUCUCUGUCAGCUUUGACAAAAACAUAACACCUUCUUUGUUUGGACAUAAUAUAACUGUGGUGCGGAAAGCUCCACCUGUGCAAUAUCCCAGUAAUAAUAGAGCCAUUCCCAUACUAACAGCAUUUGUGAAACUCAUGAGACCAGCUAACAACGGGUGCCUGUUAUCUAUAGUUGGCUCCAAAGAGGAUGCGAUAUUGAUUAAUAGUAAAAAUUAUAUUCUCUGUUUUAACAACCACAAUAAGAAUUCACACUGGUAUUUGUUAUAUGAGAUGUACGACUUGUGCAUAAAUUUAAGGCUAUCAGAUACUGGUUUGGAUUUCUGGAUGACAUGAAUAUAUUUGACCAU